AUGGACAGUGCUGGUGAGAAGGGCCUCGCGGGUCGUCCAAGAGUACUGGUGCCAGAAAAGCUUUCGCCGGAUGGCCUUGCCCUGCUUCGAACUACGCUUGAUGUUGACGAGCGAAAAGGCCUAUCGCCAGCUGACCUUCUUAGCAUCAUCGGGCAAUAUGACGCGCUUCUUAUCCGGUCAGAAACGAAAGUCACCGAGCAGCUAUUACAAGCAGCCAAAAAGCUAAAAGUUGUCGCGAGAGCGGGAGUCGGGGUCGACAACGUAGACGUCAAAGCAGCAACACAGUUGGGUGUCAUAGUGGUGAAUAGCCCGAGUGGAAAUGUUGGUGCGGCUGCCGAGCACACGAUCGCUCUGUUGAUGGCUCUGGCAAGAAAUGUGCCAGAUGCGUGUGCUAGUCUGAAAGGUGAGAAAUGGGAACGUUCAAGGCUGGUGGGGAUUGAGGUGAAGGGGAAGACAUUGGGGAUCAUAGGUCUUGGAAAAGUCGGUCUGAUUGUGGCACGCCUCGCGCGUGGGCUCGGCAUGAAUGUUAUAGCUCUUGAUCCUUACGCUUCUCCUGCUGUUGCUCAGUCGGCCAAUGUGAUCCUUGUGUCGUCCCUUGAGGAUCUCUUACCCCUCGUCGACUUCCUCACCAUCCAUACACCUCUGAUUACCGCUACCAAAGGCAUGAUAUCAAGUCAUGAAUUGAAUCAGAUGAAGCCAGGAUCACGCGUUCUAAAUGUGGCCCGCGGUGGGGUGUUCGAUGAAUUGGCACUUCUUGCGGCUUUGGAAAGUGGUCAUAUAGCUGGAGCGGGCAUUGAUGUUUUCACUACGGAACCUCCGCACAAAGAGCCAGAUAGCAGUGCUGCAUUGUUGAUUGCGCACCCGCGCUGCAUUGCCACUCCUCAUCUGGGCGCCAGCACGGUGGAAGCACAAGAAAAUGUUAGUAUUGAUGUGUGUGAGCAAGUUCUGCAUAUUCUUGCGGGUGACCUUCCUCGCUCUGCCGUGAACGCACCGCUUAUCCUACCUGCCGAGUACAAGACGCUUCAACCAUUUGUGAAGUUGGUGGAAAAGAUGGGCAGUCUUUAUACCCAGCACUACACUGGUCGCAAGCAAUCUAGCCCCCGUGAUACGUUCGAUCUGAUAUACCAAGGAGAAAUUGCCACAGUGUCGAACACGAAGCCACUUUUCGCAGCGUUGGUGAAGGGACUGACAGCUCCAAUAAGCGACCACGCCGCCGGCAACGUGAACAUUGUCAAUGCUGAACUCAUCUCCAAGGAGCGAGGUAUCUUCAUCAACGAAAAAAAGAGUCGUGAUGCCUCCGCACAGACCUAUAGCUCCCUUAUCACAUUGAUAGCACGGCCUCCGUCCCGAUCAACAAGCUUCUCCCGUGGCAAAUCAGGGAGUGUCUUCACCAAUCCAGCAGAGGCAAUGGGUGAAGCAAGUCAGCACAUCAUUAGUGGAUACUGCUCCGACAACUCGCCGCACAUUUCCCGAAUAGAUCGAUUUGCGACGUCGUUCGUGCCGGAGGGGAAUUUGCUGAUUUGCCACAACUACGACUCUCCAGGCAAGAUUGGUGUCGUUGGCAGCAUUCUAGGAAGGGAGGGGGUCAACAUCAACUUCAUGGCUGUGGCGCCAGCGAGAUACUCCAGUAAUGCAAUCGAUGUUCAACCAGUGGAUGGAUCAAUUACUCCGGCCAAGGAUAGAACGAACGAAUCAUUGAUGAUUCUUGGGGUUGAUAAGGAAGUGGAAGAUAAGGUGAUCAAAGAUUUGGUCUCGGAGGGAGGCGUCUUGAACGUCAACAGCGUAGCCUUGUAG